AUGCCGAAGAGAUCGGUAUCUGAGGAACACGUUGACCCCUCCGAAUCUGAUGGUACCGUUUCCUCCACUGACAAAUCCAGGAAAUCGUAUUCUUCGAGGGGGUCAAUCUACCACACCAUAUACAAUCGUCUGAAGAAGUUGAACAAAGAUGAUGGCACCCUCUUAGUUUACGCUCUUCGGCUUCCCAAUAAACGAAGUCAUCCAGAAUACUAUGACACGAUAACAAACCCUAUUGAUCCGGAUAAAAUCUUGACAAAAGUGAAGGGCGGGAAGUAUGAAACGAUUGAAGAAAUGGCUGAGGAUGUUAAGCUACUUGUGGCCAACACGCAUUUAUUUUUUGGCGCUGCAAGUCAAGAAGGCCAUGAUGCCUCCGCCUUCGAAGAUGCCUUUAAUAAGGAAGCACAAGGAGUACAAAAUCCGAGCUCUAAGGCUCCUUCUAUUGCUUCCACCAGCAGUGGUGUUACCAUCAGGUCAGUUCGUCGAGGUAUGAAGCGGGAAAGGACUGACGAUGAAGAGACUGAUGUUGAUGCGGCUUCCGUUGCUACGUCGGAAAUUUCGGAAGCGAGUGCUGCGGCAAGUCAUCGAACGGCUGUGAGCGGACGGGCACUGGAGACGUUUUUUGCUUCGAUAGUCUCCUAUAGUUUGGAAGGAGGUAGACGCAUUGCUCAAACGUUUGCUACUCUCCCACCAAAGCAGGUAUAUCCCCAAUACUACGAAGUCAUCACAAACCCUAUUGACCUCCGAAUGAUUGCUCAGCGUAUUCUUAAUGGCACUUAUCACACAUUCGGUGAGGUAGAACGUGACUUCGUGCAAAUGGGAAGGAAUGCUAAGCAUUUCAACGAACCUAGGUCACAAAUAUACCAGGAGAAGAAGAUUGUAAUCAAGAAGCGUUUUAAAGCUGAUCCCGAUGAAGAGUCAAUUGAGAGUAACGCUCAUGAGAUCACGGAGGACUAUGCUAAUCUUCCCGACGCGGUAACUAUGACUUCACCUGUGUCUAAAGUGGAAGACGAUGAUGAAGUCGAGGACUAUGAAGCGGAUGAGGAUGGUGAAGAGGGCUCCACUGCGGCUGUCUCAACACCGACCGGAUUUGUCGUUGUGAAGCGUCGCCGUGGUCGCCCUCGCAAACACCCACUGGAUUCUGCAUCAGCGACUCCUGCCUCUCCCACUCCCUCUGAGGGUUCGGCUGAUCUACGCUCCCCUUCCUCUACUACUACCACAACGAUGACUACGCCAGUUGCUGGUGGAAGCGGUUCAAGGGUCGGUGGCGUUGUUUCUGGUGGGAGCAGCAGUGGCGGCGGAAAUUCCGCCAUGGUUGACGUAUCUUCCUUAAUGCUCGAUGAGUCGGUCGCUCCACCGGGCUCCCCACCUCAUAUGGCACCCUUCGUCGAUCCUUCGGUUUCUAGUGAGGAGCAGCUUAUCCCUACAAUGCUUUCAACGGCGGCUGUAGGCUCGCUUCGAUGGUGGGGUGAACACGUUCUUGAGGCCAUCUGCACAGCGACUAAUUCGAUGGGUACUUUACUCGCUCUGCCAUUUAUGCGCUUACCCUCCAGAAAAAUGUAUCCUGAUUAUUUUCGUCGCAUCUCCAACCCAAUAUGCUUGGCCAAGAUUCGCCGUAAAAUCAAGCGAAAUGAAUACCAUAGUCUAGCUGAUGUUCGAGGUGAUAUUGACCGCGUCUUUGUGAAUGCUCAGGCUUACAAUAUGGAGGGUAGUGACAUUUACAACGUUGCUCUUUAUCUGCGACAACUUACCAAGAGCAAAUUCGUUGAGCUGAGUCAAAUUGCCGCUAAGGCGGAGAAUGCUGGCCUUGUAUCGCCUAGUGUGAAAAGACGUCAAAGCAGACCGCCUGGUGAAUCGGAAGAGGUAACUCCAACGAAGCGGCGACAUCCAAUGACCGCUGAAGAGGCACGAAACAAACGCCUCAUUAACCUCUAUAAUGCCGUUUACAACCACGUCGAUGAUGAUGGUCACCGUCCCCGUGAUACUUUCAUGAUCCUCCCUUCAAAGGAGGAUUAUCCCGAUUAUUAUGAAGUCAUCCAAGAACCGAUCGAUUUAACCAUGAUCAAAGAGCGUAUGGACUCAAAUAAGUAUCCGACUCACCAAGCAAUGGUCGCAGAUUUGCGUCUCAUGUUUAAUAACGCCCGUCGGUAUAACGAGGAGGAUUCUCAAGUUUAUCAUGAUGCCGAUACGUUAGAUAGGGUUGUGAAAAAGAGGCUGAAGAGUCUCGGUCCCUAUGCAAGCUGCCCCCAAGGAAUGCCUCGAAGUCCUGGCAUUCGUUCACCUCAAGAUCCCACAUCCUGUGGGGGUCCGGCGACAAUCUCUCAGCACUCCGGUCCUGCGAUUUCACCUCUUCAGCGUUUGAUGUACGAAAUCUUCCAGGCUGUGCGGGAAUAUCGUGAUCCCAUGGGGCGUCAACUCUCCACACCCUUCCUUCGCCUCCCUAGCAAGGCCGAGCUUCCCACUUACUAUGAAUUUAUCAAACGACCCAUCGAAAUGCAAGAGAUUGCAAAGUUCCUCAUCCAGGGUGGCUAUACCGAGUUUGAGGAAUUUAUGUCGGAUAUUUUUCUCAUGUUUGACAAUGCUUGUGCUUUCAAUGAGCCGGAUUCUCAGAUCUACAGGGACACACUAGUGCUUCAUCAAGUUGCAUUAGCAAAACGUAACAUGCUUCUAUCAGCAGCUUUCUCUUCCGGAACUGUGAUACCCGGGAUGUCGCCCUCUAAUGCACCGGAUAUUUUACCAGGCAUUCGACGACUUCUCACUAGUCUGCAUAAUGCCAUGCUAACCGCCUGCGAUACUGAUGGCCGGGGUCUGGUAGAUUCGCUUAUUGCUGGUGAUGGAACAGAAGCUUCAGUGACCUCAGCCACCGCGGCAAGAUUGGCGGCGCUCCAUCGGAGCGUCGCUGCUGGCGCCUAUAAGCGUUUAGAUCGUCUGCAAGCCGACUGGCUUGAGGUCCUUCGUCGGGCUCGUGUCGGAGAAGAGGAGGAGCGCAUGGCAACGCUUUCUGAAAUAGAUGCGAAAAGUAAUCUACCGACUCCGCAGCAACGUCAAGAUGCUGCGGAGCUCGCGAGGCGUUGGAUUCGUCUGCGUGACUCCAUGUGCAGACGUGCUCUAUCGGGUGGCAAUCCAAAUGCACAAUUGACGGUCGCUGGGGAGUCGAGUGGUAGCGAGUCGGGGAGCAGCGGAACUCCUGGCAUAUCGCUCCCCACAGGGUGGCACAUAGUUAGUACUGCUAUGGGCUACACUGAAGCUGUACUGGAACGUGAUCUCAAGGAUGAGGUUUCUCAACAUGAACCAAUGGCUUUCUCUGACGAUGGAGAAGAAAAGUUGCCCCCGCUUGAGGAAGGAGAAAAUGAAUUGCAGGUAGAGAUGGCGGAGUCAGUUGAAUCCAAAGGCCAAAUAUUCCGUGUAGGUGAUUAUGCUUACAUUGAACCAUUGCUUCAAGACGUAACACAAUGCCACAUCGGUCGUAUCACGCGAAUCUCUGAGAAUAUUGUUAAGCCGAAGGAGGGGACGGAGGGGAAUAAUAAAUCAGCUGAAGCAACUGAGGUGAAGGUACGAUUUGCUGUGUACAUGCGCCCGUCGGAAGCGAAACCGUCUCGCCGCAGGCGGCUACUGGCCGCCGAGGUGUUCCGGACUGCCGCUGGUGGGGUUGUACCGCCCAGCAAACUCUCCGGUCACUGUCUCGUCAUGCACAUACCCCACUUCAUUCGUAGUCGUCCUAAGAAUGUUGAGGAACGUGACGUGUAUGUGUGCGAGUCGCAAUACUCCAUCACUAGCAAUUUAUUUGCUAAAAUACGACGGUGGGGAGCACCGACCCCGAGUGGUAUUGAGCUUGAAGACCGUCAAUUGCCAUUCGUGCCCACUCGCCUGCCUCCUAGUGAACCGUUGGAAAGUGCUCUUGAGCAAGUCAACACAAACUUCUUCUCAUGCAUGGCUUUUCCUCUACCAAGGCCCCCUCAGACCGUAGUCGAUGAAGUAUCAAAGACCGAAGGUAUCGUUACUUACGAGCAAUACGUUGGUGGUAAUAACUUGGUAUUAAAACAAGGCGAUUGUGUUUUUGUUCCCUCGGAUAGUAGUUUUUCCGACCGACAAAUCCUCCGGAUUGAAAAAAUAUGGAAGAAUGUUAAUGAGGCAGGCGUAUCGGUGACAGGUUCGAUAUUCGUCUUUCCCGCAGAGGUGGAACACUUACCCACUCGUGUCUUUUAUCCCCGGGAGGUAUUUCUGACUAACAAUGACCGAGCCACCUUUUCCAUCACCUCGGUCAAGGGAAAAUGUGUUGUAAUGCGUCCUGCUGAUUUCUCUAUCGCGCGACCCACAUCGUAUCGCGAAGGCGACAUUUUUGUUUGUGAAUCCAAAUAUUUCGAAGAUGAAAAGGUCAUUCGUAAAUUGAAGAAAGGAUUGAAGUGGUCAUUUCAGAAGCCUAAAUUCUCUCCGGACACUAUGGGGGAUGAAUAUUUCUUAUUCAGUCAGCCAAUUGUGCCACACAAAGAGGCAUCUCCACUGCUUGUGAAGGCGUCGCCAUCACCACUGAUUUUGGAUCAAUUGAACCAGCCACCUUCUAUGGCUGUCGCUUGUGUAAUGGCAGCAGCCAAUGGACAGACGACUCCAGUGGCAGAUUUUGGGCCGCGUCUGGCUCCUGCUCCACCCCAGUCACCCGAUGUUGGACAGCUCGCUUUCAUGGAGGUUGGGCUGGAUCGCAGUGGCAAAAAGCGAAAACUUCGUAAGCCGCCGUCAGGAUAUGUAAUCUACGCUGGUGAAGUUCGCAAGAAACUGCUCCAAGACCGCCCUGACGCACCGUUUGGGGAAAUUUCACGUGAAGUUGGAUUGAUGUGGCGUCAGAUGCCUUCUCACGAGCGCGACAUAUAUGAGCGCAAGGCGCAAGUCAUAAAACGUCGAAUGGAGGAGCAGGAGACCCAGCAGAAGGCUCGAAUGCAGGAGCAGGAAAAAUUCAUGCAGAUCCAUCACCACGAGUUGGUUUCACACGGUGAUCCUCAUCACGUAGCCAUUGGUACUGGUAUGUCAACAGCGAUCAACCAGGCGCCGGUCCAACUUCAGACGCCGGGCACUGCGCAACCUGCUACUCAAUCCAACUCCUUAUCCGUGAGUGCACCGCAUCAUGCAGCUGCGGGGGCAAUGCAGUUCUAUCAAGCGACGCCCGGAGCUCUGGGCACCCCGUCAGUCAUUCAGUUGAUGCACACCACCACCACUCCCUCCACUGCUGCCAACGGCGUUGUCGGCCCUGCAUCCAUGCAACCAAGACCAGGCAUGAUCGAAUCAACACUGGUUGCCGGCGCCACUGUACUCACCAACGCCAUGUCUCACGCUCCCGUUCUUGCUACGACUGGAGGGCAGCAGGUGAUAUACCAAUUUGCGGGUCAGCAAGCGCCAGGCCUAGCUGCUUCGGCGGCAUCACCGAACGUGAGUCUAGGCGGCCCACAGGUCAUCUUGACUCACCCACAGGUGACUGGCCAACACCCACAUCAUCAGCAUCAAACUACUCCAUCUCAGCCUUUUGCUGUGUUGCCAACACAGCCUCCACCUCAGUCUAGACAACAUGCCAUACCUCCCCAACAGGUGCAGGUGGUUCAACAGCUGAAUUCGACCACGGUUGAGGUAAGCCACGCAACAGUGGUAAAUGGAGGCAGUGGCGGAACCACAGCAGUUGUAUCGCAGCCGAUAACGGCGACCACAAUCCAGCCGCAGGCGGCACCUCCUGCCGCUGCUGCAAUUGCUGCUCCACCGCGUGCGCCAUCUCCCCUCUUCGUCUCGGUGCCUCCGCGCACUUCCAGGGUGCUCCAUUCUGAAAUCUACCAGAGGUAUAUCGACAGGUUACGUCGAAACACUCCCUGUUUGAGCGAUUGGAAGAAACAGAUUUCGAUCACCAUGGAAUCACUGCCCCCAAUGACACACCAGCAACAGCAACAAUUAGCCUCCAGUUUUCUGGACACCCCACAGCUGCAUUCUUAUCACGGCGCCAUCGCGGACGCCCUCUGGAGCCUACGAGAUAACCUGCUCAAGGACUCACUCAACAUACGCACCCGCGUUCUCGGUCUCGAAGAUUUGUAA